AUGAAUGGGAAUGGCGAUUGGGACGAGUUGUGGGUGAGUGUUUUUUCUGGUGGGAGCGGGAAAAGGGUUGGAAAAAUACAUAUUAACAAAAUAUUUUCAUCAAUUAAUUUUUUUUGAGAAUUCCCAACUGUUAAAAAUUUUUGAAAAAGAGAUUUUUUCAUUCUUUGUGGACCAGAAAAAGUUCAAAAAUAAUCAAGUUUGAUUUUUUUAAGAGGUAAAAAUUCCCAUCAUAUGAAAACUCCUUACUGCCUCUGAAAAUUUACUUUUUCAGCCAAGUUUGAGUCUUUCGAAAAGCAAAGUUCUGACUGAAAAUUAGAUAAGUUUGACAAAGUGAAUCUGGAUUUUUUUAAAAUCUAAUUCACACCAAAAUAAUAGUAUAUCUUGUCUGAAAAACUAGAGAAUCUUUGAAAAUAUUUUGAAGCAUUUGAAUUUUUUCUCAUGGAUCAACGGACCAAAAACAAAAAUCAUCAUCUUUCGGGAAAAAUACCGGAAACCAAUGACAGCGUGCAUUUGUAUCUAUGUUAGUAGAACCUGGUGUUUUUGAAGCGCUUGAUUUUUGAAAAAUUUUUACUAUCUCAUUCCAAUUUUGAUCUUGUAUUCUUCAAAAAAUACCUAAACUUGGAAACUAAAGCACAUUAAAUUUUAUACAAAUUUGUGAAACUAAUUUUGAUCGAUAAAAUUACGGUUCAAUAUUUUGCACUCAUAUCAGUUCUUCUCCCGUUAUCACUAAAACAUUUCUCGUUAGCUAGUCACCAUUCAUUUUGCAACGAAAAAAAAUCAGAAAAAAUAAUUCGGCACAAAAAUAAAACUAAAACUAUACUAAAAUAAAAUAAAAUAAACAAUUGUUUACGAAAAAUUGACAAUGCCGUAGAAUUCAGAAUUGUAAACUGUAGCUUUUUUUGGUGUACAAUUUAUGAAUUUCUGUGUCAAUAUUCAUUUUUUUUUUGAAAUUGUCAUAGUCUUCUGAAAACUAUGCAAACAAUUUUUUUCCACCCAUCCAUCCAUAGCUACGUAAACCGGAAAGUUGUUUUGAAUAGAAUCGAAUCAAAUAAAAAUGAAUAAAAUAACCAACAGUUGGCCUAUCAACAAAAUCUUGUUGACUUUGAAAAUCCCAUCUGUAGAAAAAAAAACAUUAUUCAAAUUUUCCGCUCUACAAUAACCACACCCUUUCCUAGUUUACUAUUUUUCUUCCCGCUGUUUAUUCCAGCUGUUAUCAACAAAAGCAGCACCUUAUUGCCCUUGAUAGCAAAAAAAAAUAAUAUUUUGUACAAAAUCAUUAUUAUUAUGAUUGAAUGUAUACAUUAACUAUGGGUUUUUGUUAACGUUUUGUCUAAUUCAUUCAAUUUAUCGUCAGAUUUGAUUUGACGACCUGUAGUUACGAUUUCUUUUCAUCAUUUAUUGAAAUGAGAUGAGAUGAGAUGAGGAAAUAGGUAUCGGAAUUCAAAAGAAUUUUCAAUUUUCAUAUGUUUUUAGGGCGUGUUUUUAUUACUCUCUUAUUGUUAGUCCGAAAUUUUUUGAUCUAGAAAGUCCCUGAAAUGUCCCUGAAAUUGAGUCUGGAAUCACAAAGUUAUAAUUCUUCGGACCUCUUUUUCUCCAGGAACAGAUUAUCCUAAUCGAUCAAUAAUUUAUUCUAUGACAUAUUUUCCAAAAAAAUAUUUUACUAAACCAUUUUCCAGUUACAGAAUUUUUAUUUGAAAAUUAGUUCGUAAUCUGAAUUUUGAAACUUCUUGGAUACAAUGAAUAUUGAAAAUCUUUGGAUAAUUUUCCAAAUUUUAAAUUCUCGAAAGUUUCUAGAUUCAAUUUUAUUAUUCACUGUCUAAUUCUCUCUAUUUACUUUCUGGUUCAAACUAUAAACAUUCUUCGGUUGGUCAAAUGUUGAAUUGAAUUCAUCUAACUAGACAAUAUGUUCUUAGGCGGUGUGCCGGUCAAUAAUCCUAUUGCUCGAAAAAUAAUAUUUCAUUCUCAUUUUCAUUUCUGUUAUAUUUAUUAUUAUAAUAAUAAUUUUCCGCGCAGUAUACCUGUCUGCCCUCUCUCGAUUUUUCUUCUGCCCGCCGCAUUACAUUCAAUUUGUUUCCUCCAGCGCGCUCGCAUUCUAUCGCUCGCUCCCUCUGUCAAAUUUCCAUUUUAUUGUCGUCCGACCGUUUGUCUUUUGCUUGUUGUUGUUUCUUUGGUGCUCUUAUCCUAUCCGAUAUCGAUUUCACGGGGCGAAGAUAAUGAACGAUAAUAUUUCGAGCACAUCUUCGUCGUCUCGUAUGAGCGCAUAUGAUAUGUUUCGAUCUGGUCGAGAUACUGUUCGAUUAUCAAGAGUUUCUAUGAUCGAUUUGUUUCAAUCAACUUUUAAUAAUAACAAUUAUCAUGAUGAUAAUAAAAUUUAUGGAUUUAUUAAUAAGGUAUGUCGGAAAGAUCUAGAGCCAGGAUUGUAGUUAAGGUUUGAGUUUAUGAGAGGAGUAGAGGAAUCUAGUAAAUUAAUUUGAAUUCCUUAUAUAAUAAUAAAUAUUUCAAAAAUUUCUGUGAAAAAAUUGAAACAAAGUAUUUUCUGCCAUUGAUUUACUAGAAAAAAACCAGGAUUCAUUUUUUCUUCUUCUUACUUCUCUCGAAAAUGUGUCAAAUUUCCUUUCAUCGCUAGCCGAAAAGAGACAAUUAGUAGAAACAAUUCUUGUUCAAAUCAUCAAAAUAAAAAUUCUAGCAAACAAGAAAAAAAACUUAAACAAUAGGUCGUACACCUUUGUAAAUACAUCAAAUACAUAUUGGCGAGUUGCAUUUGAGCCGUCAAUAUUUGUGUUGUGUUCAGCAAUGAAAACAAAUUUUGAUUUUGGGUUGGGUCGGGUUGAAAAGUAGAAUGUGAAUUUUUUUUUUCAAAAAAUAGUUUUUUCUAGGAUCAACAACCUGCUCUCAAUGAUUACACUGGUAAAGGUAUCGAUUUACUUGAGAGAAUUGUGGUUUAUGCAAAAGAGCGUGCUAGUUUAGAAAUGGAAUAUGCAUCAAAAUUGAAGUGAGUUGGAAAAGCUUCUGAUUUAAAAAAAUUCUAUGUUUCCAGAGCCUUGUCAAAAAAAUCGAUGAUCAAAAUGAAAGGCGAGAGCGAAUUGUGGAACUCGGUUUCAUAUGUCAAAGGUUUCCAAGAGGUUUUGAAUGGAAUUGUUCCGGUUGCAACUCAGCAUGAGGUAUUUCCAGUUUUUUUUUUAAUUUUCAAAAAAAAAACUAAAAUCUAAAUUUCAGACAAUUAGCGAAAACUUGAAAAACAAUGUGGUUGGAUAUGCUCAAACAAAAAUCGCUGAAUAUCGAUCGGCAAAAAAACAACUCGAAGUUGAAUAUGGAAAUAUGUCGAAACAUUUGCAAGCAGUUAUCAAUGAAAUGAUGAGAGCGCAUAAAGAUUAUGGGUGAGUUAUGAAUAGCGUUGCUCAUUUUAAAGAUUGUACUUUUAGUAAAACUUUCAAAGAGACUGAAGCUGCAAUGUUGAAAUAUGCGAAAGCUGAGAAGAAUAUGGAGAUUUCGAGACUUGAACUUGAGAAGACCAAGAAUAAUUAUCAGGUUUGUUGAAUUUUGAAAAAAAUCCCCAAUUUCCUCUACAUAAAAUUCAAUCCCAAAUUUUUUCCAGUUGAAAUGUGGAAUGUUGGAAGAAUCCAAGCAAGGAUAUGCAGCAAUGACAGCGAAGGCAAACGAAGAGCAAAGUUCACAUUUCGAUCGAAAAUUGCCGCAACUUUUGGACCACUACAAAACAUUACACACAAACCGUAUUCUUGAUACAAUUGAAGCCCUUAACAAAUGCGUUGAUGCGGAAGCAAGUGUCAAUACGAUUAUUGGUAUGUUAUAAAUACCCUAUGAUUAUGUAGAAUAGAAAAAAGUGAAAUUGUUUACAGCAAGUUGUCAUAAUGAUAUGCGUAAAGAUAUUGCGAAAAUUGAUCCGGAUCAUGAUGCAAAUACAGUUGUAGAAAAUAUGAAAUCUGGACAUCCUAGACCACAACCAUAUGUAUUUGAGGAUCUUGGACAUCCACAAUCAUUUAUGGGUGGCGGAUCAAUCGAUAAUAUUGAUGCGACAUUGAAAAAAGGCACACUUUUGAGCCGUAAAGAUGGUAAAAGUGGAGGCGGAGGAGUUGUUCGAAAACAAUCGAUGCAUCAAAAAUUCUUUGGUGGAAAUGAUAAGAAGGCGGAUAAUGGUGAUUAUGGAGCGUUGCCACCACAACAAAGAGCGCGCAAAAUUUUGGGCAAGAUCACAGAACUUGAGCGUGAUCGUGAGAAAUCGAUUCAAAGUAGAGAAGGUGUUAGUAAAAUGCAACAGGCCUAUCGAGAGAAUCCGAAAUUGGGGAAUCCGAAUCAUUGUGAUCCACAACUUGCGCAAUAUGGAAGAGAGAUUGAUGCAUUGACAAGUCAGAUUCAGAAGUAUCGUGUUCUUUUAGAAGAUGUGAAUGCACAAUUAGGAACUACUGGUUAGUUUUGUUUGAAAAUAAAUUUUUUUAAUUAGCGGAAAAAUUGAGAAUUGCAUUUUGAUUGGUCUACUAAAUUUGUUUCAAAUUGAAUUAAGAGUUUUCGCGGCGCCACAUUUUUUUAAUUCUCAAAAAUGAAUUUGUUACUUUUUUUUUACUCUUCUGAAUUAGCCCAUAUAUUUUCCAACAAAAAAGAUUUCGAUUUUUCGGGCUUUAUCCUAGUACGAAGAGGCUUUUAUCCCAUUCAGACACCAAAAAUUUAAAAAAAUUUCCAAAUCAUUUUUUUUCAGUUUCCGCAAACAGUGUUGGUGGUUCGGAUACUCCACCAUCAGUUCGAUCUGUCUCCUCGGCUUCCAGUGGAGUGACAUCUCGUGUCAACACAUUAAAUAAUGAUUCAAGCCGUCGUCGUCUCAGUUUUACGGGAAGCGGUGAAUCGGAACCCGAUCAGAUUUCCAAUGGAAAUGGUAAAGAUGAGGUUGGUUUUCUUUUUUUUUAAUUUUGAAAAUAUACUGUUAAUUUGAGUUAGGCUAACUCAUAAUUGAUCGAAAAAAUUAAAAAAGCAGUUCAGAAAUUAGAGAAUUUUUUUACCAAAAUCUGAUUCUUUCAGCUCUACGAAGAAUGCUCAAUUCCAUUAUUGGGUGAAGCGAUUGCACAAUUUAGUUUCGAAGGAACACAAGACGGCACAAUCAAAAUUGAUGCUGGUGAAAAAUUAAUGUUGAUUGAAAAAGACGAAGGUGAUGGAUGGACCAGAGUUAGAAAGUGAGCUUUUUUUUGUUGAAAUUUCUUCAACCAAAAAAAUAUUUUGCAGACAUGACAAUUCGCAGGAUGGUUUUGUUCCAAGCUCAUAUCUCAAAGUAACGUGGUUCGAAAAAUAA